AUGAGCGUAACACGGCUCGCCAUUCUCCUGGCGGUGGCGGCGGCGGCAGUUCCCAUCGCCUCUGCCGCCAAGAUAUACCGACCCGCCGUGUACACUACUUCCGGCAAGCUCGUGGGGCUCAAGAAAGAAGCGUUCGGUAGGCCCGUCGACGUGUUUUACGGAAUACCGUACGCAGAGCCGCCGCUAGACGACCUCAGAUUUCAGAAGCCCGUGCCGGUGACACCAUGGAAGGGUCUUCGCGACGCGUCGACCCCGCCUUUCCCGUGCAAGCAGCCAGACUUUUUCGUGCACCAGAACUACACAAUACUGACGCGAAACUCCACUGAAGACUGCCUCUACCUCAAUGUGUGGACGCCCGCGAGAUACUGUCGGGACAUUAAAACGUGCGGUCCAAAGGCCGUCAUGGUGUUUAUCCACGGUGGAGCCUUCACGUACGGCAGCAGCAGCUGGUCCUUCUACGACGGCAUCCACUUCGCCGCGGCUGGAGACGUCGUGGUCGUCACGCUCAACUACCGAGUCGGGCCCUUCGGCUUCUUCAGCUCGAGACUCGACGGUCUCAACGGAAACCAGGGCAUGUACGACCAGAUCCUCGCACUCACGUGGGUCAAGUCCAACAUCAAGCACUUCGGUGGCGACCCCGAACUAAUCACAGUGUUCGGUCAGAGCGCUGGAGCAAUUUCGGUGGGAUACCUGCUCGUCUCGCCGCUCAGUCGCGGAUUGUUCCGGCGGGCCAUCAUGGAAAGCGGGAGUCCCUUCUGGAUGUUGCACGACAGUCGAGACACAGCGCUGCAGAAGAGCUUCUCGCUGGCCAACGCGCUAGGUUGCACGACAGGCUUCGAGAAGACCAUCGAAGACCCCCAGGUGAUGAGCUGUCUCCGCUCGAAGGAUGCCAACGAGAUUGUGAGCGUGGCCACGGAGGUCCUGGGAUCCCAGGCCGAGACGUUCUUCCCGAGUCGCGACGGCGAACUCUUUCCGGACGACGCCAACGUACUGAUGGACGCCAUGAAGACUACCGGUGUGGAACUGCUAAUCGGAAACAAUAGGAACGAAGGCACCUACUUCGUCUACAACUUCCUCACCAAGGGACUCAAGUUCCAGAAUCUGGCGCACAUCACCAAAGACGAGCUCGGCUUCUACAUGGUUCUCUUCUUCCGGACGAUGCUGCAGUCGGGCGUGAACGAAAUCCGCGAGUUUUACCUGGACAAGCUGAACAGCACCGAUCCUGGGGUGGUGUUGCAACGUGGAUCGGACGCUGUGGGUGAUUUCCUGAUCACGUGCCCCAGUCGCUACUUUGCGGAGAAGUACCAGCGCAAGGGGCAGCCUGUGUACUACUACCAGUUCUCGCACCGUCCCAGCUUCAGCGUGUGGCCGCCCUGGAUGGGUGCGACGCACUUCGACGAGUUCCCUUUCGUAUUCGCGCAUGCCAUGGCCUUUCCCGAGCUGGUGACGCCUGAGGAGACGUCGCUAAGUAGGCAGUUGGUCGAGAUAUGGACAACAUUCGCCAAAAUUGGGCGCAUGCCGACGCUGGGAAAAAUUGCGUGGCCCCGGUACUCGGCGGAAGGCCCUUACAUGGUGGACAUCAACCUCAAAGUCCUCACAAUCAAGAAAGGGCCGCAGGAAGAGAACUGCAACUUCUGGAGGCGCUACUUCAAGUUGGACGGCUGAGGGCGCAAUGAAAUAUUCGAGACUGCCGAAGUGCCAAAACAGGCGGGCGCGAGAGAGAACGUGCCUCACUCUGAUUGGCUGCGUAGAUGUCAGCCUAUCUCCCAGCACUGCCUAGCAUCUACAUCAAUGUGAAG